AUGGCCGAAGAAAACCAUGUGGAACCACCCUGCGAAAGCAGCCCAAGACGGUUCGAUCAUCUCACCAAUAACCCAGCCGCACGACGAGCUGAGAUGAAAACAGGUAUGCUACAAAUCAUGUACGCUAACCCUUUUUCAGGUUUUAACCAUGAAGAUCCAUACACCCACCUCACCAAAUUCUAUGAGAUCGCUGGUACAUUAGGAACACCGGCAGCCGAAGAAGAAGCCGUGUUCAUGAGACUAUUUCCGCACUCAUUGAUUGGGAAAGCAAAGGAAUGGUAUCUCGAUCAAUCAACAGAAACCAUGACCAAUUGGAACGUUUUGGAGAAAAAUUUUCUUAGCAGGUUUUUCUCACAUAAUCGAUUCAUGGACGCGAAAACAGCCAUCGCCACAUUUACUCAAGCCGCAAAUGAAACAUUAUGUGAAGCAUGGGAACGUUAUAAAUCCAUGCUAAGAAAGUGUCCAAAUCAUGGUUUUGAUAACCUCUCACAAAUCCACAUCUUCCGCAAUGGAUUGCUACCUCAACCGAAACUCUUACUCGAUGCAACAUCUGGUGGCUCGUUAUUAGCAAAAAGCGCAGAAGAAGCAGCGACUAUUAUCAACAAAAUGGCUCUCACAAACCACCAAGUGCAACACAAUCGAGGGGAUCACCAAACUGGUUUUUGCCCUCCACUCAAUGAAGAAGUGAACUAUCUUGGAAAUCAACAACAAAGGCAAACUCCAUACCAAAAUAACCAAGGUUAUCCGUACAACAACAACACAAGCUAUGGCCAAAACAGAUCAAAUCAAUACCAAAGUUACACGCAUUCAGACAAGCUUUCAAAGAUAGAGGAUACCUUGAAUCAAUUUAUGCAACUGUCCAUGGCAAACCAGAAAAACACCGAUGCAUCAAUAAGAAAUCUUGAAACGCAAGUUGGACAAAUUGCAAAGCAACUAAGUGAUCAACAAAGAGGUACGUUCACCGCAUCUACUCAAACCAAUCCAAAAGAGAAUUGCAAUUCAAUCACAACAAUAAAAGUAGAAGUGGUUGAAAAUAAAGUUGGGGAGAGUGAAAAAGAAAAGAUGGUGGUGAUGGAAAAUCAAGAAGAAAACAAUGAAAAGAAGGAUGAAGCAAAGGCGACCGAUCCUGGACAAGUUACCUUACCAGUUACCAUUGGAAAUAUCUAUUUUGAUAAUGCUUUAGUUGAUCUUGGAUCAAGCGUCAAUCUUCUUCCAUUAUCCACCAUGAGAAAGAUUGAAGAUCUUCAUUUGAGCCCUACGACAAUGAAAUUACAACUUGCUGACAAGUCAACCACAAAACCAAUUGGCGUGAUGAAAGACGUAAAGAUCAAAUUGGAAAGUUUUCAAUGUUCAACUGACUUUGUGGUAAUAAGCAUGAACGGUAAUGAAGACGGCCCUCCAAUCUUAGGUCGUCCCUUCAUAAAACUGGCAAGAAUGAUGAUUGACGUGGAUGAAAGGAAAAUGAAGGUAAGGCACAAAGAUGGAGAAAUCAAUUUCACAUUGUUUCAACACAAGGAGGAUGAUUAUUCCAAAGAUAAAGCUCCUGAUGAAUUAGGCCUGGAAGCAUUAAAAGAAAUGGACAAUAAAGAAAGGCCAAAGGAUGGUGGCAAGAACAUUUUGACGAAUUCAUACAAACCACCAUAA